AGAAUUGAUUAAACUAAAUAUAUUCCUUUACAUAUGAGUACUAGAUCACAAAGGAACAAGUGAGCAACCAAACAUAUAAAGAAAUGGCUGUAUUUCAGAAACCUCUUGUUCUUCUGCUAUUUCAUGGUCUUUUCAUAUCUGUACUCAUACAAAGUGUAACAUCAUCACCAAGAACUGAGGCAGAAGCUCUUGUUAAAUGGAAGAACACCUUAUUACCAUCGGCUUCUCUCGAUUCUUGGUCCUUAAGCAAUCUCAGGAAGCUUUGUAACUGGACUGGCAUUACCUGCAAUGCUGCAGGUACAGUUGCAGAGAUCAACAUUUCUGGUCUAGAACUGAAUGGUACUCUUGCACGCUUCAAUUUCUCGGCGUUUCCUAGCCUCACUUCCUUGGAUAUGAGCAGCAACCUCCUUUGGGAUGGUAUACCAGUAGAGAUUGGAAAUCUGACAGAGCUUGAGUACUUGAGUUUCGACGACAACUAUCUAACUGGUACUAUUCCUUACCAAAUUAGUCAUCUUCAGAAGUUGCAAUAUUUAGACUUGGGAUCAAAUUACUUGCUUAAUCCAAACUGGUCUUUGUUCCUGGACAUGCCACUUCUGACACAGCUCAAUUUAUACUACAAUAACAUUUCUUUAGAAUUUCCAUCUUUUAUAAUUGGCUCUAGGAACUUGAGUUUUCUUGAUCUGUCACAGAAUCAGUUGACAGGCUCCAUACCUGAAUCAGUGUUUACCCAUUUGACUAAUCUUGAAGUUCUUAAUCUUAAUGAUAAUUUGUUGGAAGGGCCAUUGCCAAGAAAUAUUUCCAAGCUUUCCCAGUUAACAGAACUUCACCUAGGAAAGAAUAUGUUCUCAGGAUCAAUUCCUGACAGUAUAGGUCUUUUACAUAAACUUCAAGUUCUUGAACUGUAUACCAAUGGAUUUGGGGGGAAGAUUCCUUCUUCUUUGGGUCAACUUAGGGAGCUUCAAAGACUUGAUCUCAAUCAAAACUCUUUGAACUCUAGUAUUCCUCCUGAGCUUGGAUUGUGUACCAAUCUUAGCUACUUGGCUUUCGCUGAGAAUUUGCUUACAGGCCCUUUGCCUUUGUCAUUCUCGAAUCUUACACGUAUAUCUGAACUAGGCAUAUCAGAUAAUCUGCUGUCUGGUGAGCUAUUACCUGAGUUCAUUAGCAACUGGACUGAAUUGACAUCACUGCAGAUGCAAAACAAUACCUUUGUUGGUAACAUUCCUCCUGAAAUUGGUAUGUUAACAAAUCUUACGUACCUCUAUCUGUAUGAUAAUAAUCUCACAGGGGCAAUUCCCAGAGAGAUUGGGAACUUGAGUCAGCUUUUUAAAUUAGACCUGUCAGGAAACCAUCUAUCAGAUUUUAUUCCAGGAACAAUUGGGAACCUCUCCAAUUUGGUACUCUUACAUUUGCAUUUCAAUAAUCUUAGUGGAACAAUUCCACCUGAGAUUGGAAAAUUAGCACUGCUGGAAGUUCUUGAUCUCAACACUAAUCAAUUGCAUGGACAGGUGCCUGAUUCUAUUGCUGAAUUAAGUAACUUGCAGACGCUUUCUGUUUUUACCAAUAAUUUGUCUGGCAGCAUUCCGAAGGACUUGGGAAAAAAGAGUAUCAAUUUGUCCUAUAUUGGAUUUUCCAACAACAGCUUCUCUGGAGCAUUGCCAGAAGGGUUGUGUAGCGGUUUUUCCCUAGAAAGGGUUUCGGUGAAUGGAAACAAUUUUUCAGGGCAUUUGCCAAUGUGCCUGAGAAAUUGCUCUAACUUGUCCAGAGUUCGUCUUGAUAACAACCAUUUCUCUGGAAAUGUUUCUGAAGCGUUUGGAUAUCAUCCUAAUCUUAGUUUCAUUACUCUCAAUGACAAUGAGUUUACAGGUGAACUCACAUCCCAGUGGGGAAAAUGUGAAAAUCUUACAAACAUUGAGAUGUCAAGAAACAAAAUUUCAGGUGUGGUCCCUAUCGAGCUUGGAAACUUAAAGAAUUUGCAAGCUUUGCAACUGGAUUCAAAUGAGUUGACAGGUGAGAUUCCAGCUGAAUUAGGAAAUUUGGUCCUGUUGUUGAAACUCAACUUGAGCAAUAAUCAUUUGACCGGAGAAAUUCCUCAGAAUGUAGGCAAACUAUCAAAGCUCAACCAACUUGAUUUGUCUACAAACAAAUUGAAAGGAAGCAUUCCAAAGGAGCUUGGGAAUUGUGAGAGCUUACUGAGCCUGAACUUAAGGCAGAACAAUUUUUCAGAAAAGAUACCUUCUGAACUCGGCAAUUUGGGUCAGUUGCAAAUAAACAUGGACCUGAGUAGCAAUUCACUUUCAGGCACCAUCCCUUCUACCUUUGGUAAACUGAAGUUUUUAGAGAAUUUAAAUCUUUCACACAAUCAUCUGUCAGGUAGAAUUUUUGGUUCAUUCUCUACUGAUCUGUCGAGUUUGCAAAUGAUUGAUUUGUCUUACAAUAACUUGUCCGGCCCUAUACCCUUGCUCCAACAACAAGUGAAGAAAUUUUUCAAUGAAAAUUCACUUUUGUGUGGAGAUGCAAACGGCUUGUCACCGUGUCCAUCUACCACUUCCAAGUCAUCCAAAAAAUCUGAUUCCAGUAAGAAAGUCAUCAUUGGUGUCGUUGUUGCAGUGGUCAGCCUCUUAGUUCUUGUUAUUAUCAUUGUUGGAUGUUUUCUGUGUCGUAAGAAGCCCAAUAAAACUGAUGUUGAGAGAACCAAUUCAGAGAAAUUUGAGUCAAUGAUUUGGGAAAGAAAAGGAAAGUUUACCUUUGGAGAUAUCGUAAAGGCUACUGAAGAUUUCAGUGAAAGGUACUGCAUUGGAAGAGGAGGAUUUGGAACUGUGUAUAAGGCCGAUUUGUUUAAUGGUGAGAUUGUAGCAGUUAAAAGGCUCAAUAUUACAGAUUCCAGUGAUGCUACAGCAAAUAAUCGGUGGAGCUUUGAGAAUGAGAUUCGGACCUUGACAGAAGUUAGGCACCGUAAUAUCAUCAAACUCCACGGAUUCUGCUCCAUGGACAAUUGCCUUUACCUGGCAUAUGAAUAUGUCGAGAGAGGCAGCUUGGGGAAGUUGUUAUAUAGUGAUGAGGGGGCUAAUUUAAGCUGGGCUUCAAGGGUAAAGAUUGUUAUAGGAUUGGCUCAUGCACUUUCUUACUUGCAUCAUGAUUGUUCUCCACCUAUUGUGCAUAGAGAUGUGUCAUUGAAUAAUAUCUUGCUCGAGUCAGACCUUGAGCCGCGGCUCUCAGAUUUUGGCACUGCAAGGUUGCUGAACACAGAUUCAUCAAACUGGACAAAUGUUGCAGGGUCUUAUGGUUACAUGGCUCCAGAACUUGCCUUGAGCAUGCUAGUGACAGCAAAAUCAGAUGUUUAUAGCUUUGGAAUCGUUGCGUUGGAGGUUAUGAUGGGAAGGCACCCCGGGGAGCUCCUUCCAACUCUGUCCAGUGACACAGACGUCGCUUCAAAUAAUUUACUUGACAAAAGGCUUCCACCUCCGACAGAGAAUAUAGCAGAUGAAGUGAAAUUUGUUGUCAGGGCAGCACUAGCAUGCACACGUACCACACCAGAGGCACGACCUACUAUGCGUUCUGUGGCAAAAGAGCUCACAGGAAGAACUCAGACAUACAUGACUGAACCAUACAGUCUUGAGUUGCAUGAAGCCAAGUAGAAUUCCAAGGUUUCAGAUGUAGAUGAUAUUGUGUUAAGUUAUCACCACAAUCUUGUAAUUGUGAAGUCUAAACAAGUGGCAACACUUGAGCCUUGAGAAUUAUUUAGCAAAGUUUAUAUGUUGCAUUCCAUUGAAUUUAUGCUAACUACCUUCAUUACAUGGUAUGUCUUGAGUGAUAAUUAUUGAUCAUAGUACAUAUGUUUCGAUUUCAUUA